AUGAAUGAGGCUACAUUGCCAUUAGCAGAGGAAGACGAAGACUUCCUGGCCCAGUUGGAAGCUGAGGACCAGGAAAAUUAUAAUAGAGAUGUGGAUCUAGAUGAAGGGUCACUUGGAUCUGUCAACACGGAUGAAUCUACUAAUUUAGAAGACAUUACGGAGCUUUCCGCCCCUCGAAAGAGGUCCUCUUCGCAACUAGACGAAGAAGAUCUUAUUUCGGACAAUAUCUCUUCCGACACCGACCUCGGCGCCCUUGCUGCGGAGAUCUAA